AUGAGAACUCUACCUCAUGAAAUAGAAUUUGCCAAAUUUCUGCUAGAUCUUGGAGAUGGUAAGUUAAAUGAUUUUGAUGACAAUAUACAAAUUCCGUUACAGUGUACCACGGCCGCUGAUUCUGAUAUUGUCAUUGAUACGUUUGGCGAACUUAUACAAAAGAAACAAUAUAAAAAAGCCGCUCACUGCGUUAUUUUGUCAGCAAGAAACAUUGACGUGGAUGCUAUUAAUAAAAGAGUUGUUGAAUUACUUGAUAAUUCAACUGAAAGGACCUACACGAGUAUAGACAGCACCGAAAAUUGUGGUGAUAACAGUGAUAUUACUGAAGCGCUUUUACCAGAAUAUUUAAAUUCUUUGUCACCGUCAUCUCUUCCACCUUAUGAAUUGCGCUUACGAAAAUACAGUGUUAUAAUGCUCAUACGAAAUCUUAAUAUAAACGAGGGUUUGUGUAACGGUACUAGAUUAAUGAUUUUUCAUCUUGGAAAUAACAUGCUCAAAUGUGAAAUUUUAAUAGGUGAUAAAGCUGGAGAAAUAGUAUUUAUAAAUCGUAUUACAUUGUACUGCGAAAAUGAAUAUCCAUUUACAUUUAAACGAAGACAAUUUCCAAUAAAACUUGCUUUUGCUAUGACAAUAAAUAAGUCGCAGGGUUAG